GCUCUGAUCUGUUUAUUUUUGUAUUUAUUUAGCAUCAUACGUCCAUCGAAGACAACAAAAAAAGGCGCAAAAGGCAAUGCCAAAAAGCAAUCAGGAGGCACGUCGUCAUGCAGUCUCUUUUAAGGAAUUUAGUAGGCUAAUAGAGAAUCUGCCGGGCAUUGCCGAGGAUGUGCAACGCGAUUUCGCUGGGGAUGGAGCAAACAAAACGCUGGACGAGUGCGCCCGGUGGUACUACAAUGCCUUCUACAAGGACCACAGCGUUCGAAAUCGGUACAAGUUCAAGGUGCGCGCUUGUGCCAAACUAAAGAAGGAUAAGUUGCUCAGCCUGCCAGAGGCAGACGUAGAUGAGACGCCCGAAGAGAGUCAGCAUGAAUCGGCUGAUGAUGUUGAGGUCAAAGUGGACAAAAUGGGAAUGUUCAUGUUUCCCGUAACCUUCGGCACCUUUGCAAAGUACGCGGACAAGGAUAAGAUAUGCAAGCUUACGACACGGAAGGAAACAAACACGGAAGAAAUCCAGUCCGAUAGCACACAGAAACGACGUCAGUUGCAGAAAUUCUACAACUCAUUCUACAUGUUUCCAGAAGAACGAAAGUGCACCAAUAUAUUCCCUAAGGCACCACCUGAACUUAUAUUAAAGUUGCUACAACCCGGCUAUCCCGUCGAUGAAGAAACUGACAGCAGAUUAGCAGAGCAUAAAAAAAAGGGUCAAUCAGUCCAAGAGAUCGAGACGCAUCGGGAGCCUGAUACUCCUGAAGCUCCUGAAGCCAGCAGCGACUUUCCCAUUGUGAGCUUCCAAGUAUUCGAGAAAUAUCUGGCGAACCUCUACGAUAUUGUGUGGCAGCUGAAGCUCAACGAUCCCGAGUAUGUGGCCAAGGGCUUUGACGAGGGGGCCUAUUGCUAUUACUUGGCAUUUUAUCUAACGCCGGAGAUUCGGGACCGAUACAAGUACAUCCUAAGGCCGUGUACUUCGGACCUGAGUGCCCGCCUACUUGCCAUACCCAGCCGCGAGGAAGCCGAAAAGCUGAGGCGCAAGUUGCCAGAGUUGAUUAAACCAUCGCCAGAUCUGGAGCGACCCAAAAGUCCCGAUUUGGUCACAGAAACAGCAGUGCCACCUAUCGACUUUAAGUUCUUCAAAAAGUAUAUCGUGAAUCUGGAUGACAUCAGCCAGCAAAUGCGAGGCUGCGACGAGUACAAGGAUUUAUCCGAAGAGGAGUGUGUCGCGGAGUACUUCAGGCAGUUUUACAGCGCGCCAGAAAUACGCGAGCGAUUCCAGUAUAAGCUGAAGCCAUGUCCCGGAAUGGUACGCGAAAGAUUGCUGGGUCGACCGGUCUGCUCAGACGGGCCAUCGAAUGGAGCUGAAAAGGCUGCCGAACAGAACCGACCAACUCCAAUGAAGGAUAGCAGUCGUCAGUCAGACCCGGAGCCUCUGUCUGAGGAGGAGGAGUACUGUGUCGAAAACGAUAACAACACGAACACGUUUCCAGUUACGUUCAAGGAGUUCAAGCGUAGUGUGUCGAAUCUCAGCGAAAUUGUACAGAAAAUGCAGCAGAGCGAGGAUUACGGAGAGAAGUCCGAAGAGCAGUGUGCUGAGGAGUACUACCGGGGGUUCUAUUCCAUGCCCCAGAUGCGAGAACGCUUUGAAUGUAAGUUCAAGCCCUGUCCCGCCAAGAAGUGCGAAUUGCUGCUCCGCUAUGCAGUGGAACCUCUUCAACCACCCGAAGAGCAGUCUGAAAAUAUUCCGCCUCAGAAUACAAUAUUCAGAAAGCCGGAUUCUUUGAGCUCCGCGCCCGAUGACGUAGUUACUAUUGGCACUGCUCGCUUCAAGUUUCCCGUGUCCUUGGGUGUAUUCAGGCGCUGCAUUAACUACGACGAAAUCGUCAGGUCCCGGCUGGGAAAAUCUACCGUCAAGCCGCAGCUCCAGGCCCAGACAGCCAACCCGCAGAACCCACACUACGAAAGGAAUUUCCGUCAGUUUUAUGUCGGGUUCUACGCAUUCCCCUAUUUUCGCAAGCAACACGCAUACCGAUUCGACUGUGGGGGGGACAAAGAGCUGCUGCAAAAGCUGUGCGAUUAUGCAGUACCAUUGAAUGAGAGUGCCAAGCGGAAAGUGGAUGAUGAGGAAAAGCGCCGACGACCGACUGGUAGUCGUGGAAGAACAGAAGCUGAACCUACUUUGAUGCCCAAGCCAGCCCUGGCAGAACCCUGUCGCGUCACACCAAAGAUUUCCUUUGCAGUAUUUUCGAAACUUUUGUACCUCGAAGAUGCAGUUAGCAAAAUGCUGCUGCAUCCAAACUUCGCUGCACUGACGGAAGAUGAGUGCCAACGGCUGUACUACGAGGCCUUCUAUAGCACGCCCAGUAUACGCGACAAGUAUCCGUGUAGAAUAAAGCCCUGCCCGGCCGGCUUGAGGGCCAACCUACUGCAUAUCCCCCCCAAGCCGGAUAACCUGUCUGAUCACAGACACCCUCAGAGAAACUUAUCUGGCCAGCGCCAGAGCACUCCAGAUGUGGACAGAUUGUAUGCGGAUAGGAAAGACGAGCUUGAUGGCAAGCAAAAGCUUAACGUGGUCAACUACGUGCCCCACAAUCUGAGCUCCUACAUAGCUCGUCGUGUUGCAUGUCCCGAGAGAAGAGCUGUCGUUGAGAAGUAUAUAGUCGAAACGGUAAGGGAUUUGAAUGAGGCAGCGGCUAUCAGUGUCUCGGGGCUGGAUACAGCUAGGAGGGAAAUCGGUGAAGAAGAGAAGACAGAGGCUACACCAGUGGCUGCAACGAUAGACGUAGAAACUACAGCAGCGACUGGCCGUGAACCUGCAGAAUGUCCAGCAGCCUCUAUUGAAGUUGAAGGGAAAGUUGAAAAUCCAGAGGAAAACAGAGUAAGGGGCGACACUGUGCCAGAGAGUACAACAGACAGUGUUCCAGCCAGUAACGCGAACAAUCAGUGCUCUACUACUCUACCAGAGGUUGAAAAAACGACGAAUGCAGGGAUCACUACGUCUGUAACAGCAUCCAAUGAAGUGCAGGCACCAGCAUCUGAGGUAACAGUAAGCAGCACAGGAGAAACAGUGCAUCCUGCGGCAUCUGCAGUCACUUCGAGCCACCUGCUUGAACAACUUGAACAAACAGUGGGAAUCUUUGCCGCGCCGAGCCACCAGGAGCACACUAUCAAGCAUUUAAUCUUCCAAAGCAACGGCCUAAAGAGCACGAUUUGGCGCAUACUCUUCCAGCUGAGCCAAGAGGAGUUCCGCACCUACACAAGCUUCCACAAUGGCGAGGCUCUCUAUGAAAACGAGGGCGUGCUGCAGCGAUGUCAUCAGCAUGUUGUGGACCAAGGCCAUUGGCCACUUAAUUUGUACGUGAAGCUGCCCAUGUUGCGCCAACUGUUGCACAGCAAAGGAGUGGAACUGCAGUCGCUGGAUCUGUUGCAGCUGUCGCCAAAGAUCUUGCAUUGGAGCGAUCUAAUGCUGCACACCGACCUCGAUGAAAUUGUUGAGCAGCAUUACGCGGAUCGCACCGGCAGGCAGAUCGAUGAUGCGGUAUUGCUGUUCCAGGAACGUGAGCAGCUUUAUGCGAGCUGCUGGACGAGCGAUCAAUGGAUACAACAAGUGCCGAAGAUCACGAAUGAAGCACUAAAUGAGCCAAUCUUUGGUGAUGCUCCUGAGCAUAAAAAAAGAGCUCAAACAGUCCAAGAGCUCGAGACGCAUCGGGAGCCUGAAACUCCUGAAGCCAGCAGCGACUUUCCCAUUGUGAGCUUCCAAGUAUUCGAGAAAUAUCUGGCGAACCUCUACGAUAUUGUGUGGCAGCUGAAGCUCAACGAUCCAGAGUAUGUGGCCAAGGGCUUUGACGAGGGGGCCUAUUGCUAUUACUUGGCAUUUUAUCUAACGCCGGAGAUUCGGGACCGAUACAAGUACAUCCUAAGGCCGUGUACUUCGGACCUGAGUGCCCGCCUACUUGCCAUACCCAGCCGCGAGGAAGCCGAAAAGCUGAGGCGCAAGUUGCCAGAGUUGAUUAAACCAUCGCCAGAUCUGGAGCGACCCAAAAGUCCCGAUUUGGUCACAGAAACAGCAGUGCCACCUAUCGACUUUAAGUUCUUCAAAAAGUAUAUCGUGAAUCUGGAUGACAUCAGCCAGCAAAUGCGAGGCUGCGACGAGUACAAGGAUUUAUCCGAAGAGGAGUGUGUCGCGGAGUACUUCAGGCAGUUUUACAGCGCGCCAGAAAUACGCGAGCGAUUCCAGUAUAAGCUGAAGCCAUGUCCCGGAAUGGUACGCGAAAGAUUGCUGGGUCGACCGGUCUGCUCAGACGGGCCAUCGAAUGGAGCUGAAAAGGCUGCCGAACAGAACCGACCAGCUCCAAUGAAGGAUAGCAGUCGUCAGUCAGACCCGGAGCCUCUGUCUGAGGAGGAGUACUGUGUCGAAAACGAUAACAACAACACGAACAAGUUUCCAGUUACGUUCAAGGAGUUCAAGCGUAGUGUGUCGAAUCUCAGCGAAAUUGUACAGAAAAUGCAGCAGAGCGAGGAUUACGGAGAGAAGUCCGAAGAGCAGUGUGCUGAGGAGUACUACCGGGGGUUCUACUCCAUGCCCCAGAUGCGAGAACGCUUUGAAUGUAAGUUCAAGCCCUGUCCCGCCAAGAAGUGCGAAUUGCUGCUCCGCUAUGCAGUGGAACCUCUUCAACCACCCGAAGAGCAGUCUGAAAAUAUUCCGCCUCAGAAUACAAUAUUCAGAAAGCCGGAUUCUUUGAGCUCCGCGCCCGAUGACGUAGUUACUAUUGGCACUGCUCGCUUCAAGUUUCCCGUGUCCUUGGGUGUAUUCAGGCGCUGCAUUAACUACGACGAAAUCGUCAGGUCCCGGCUGGGAAAAUCUACCGUCAAGCCGCAGCUCCAGGCCCAGACAGCCAACCCGCAGAACCCACACUACGAAAGGAAUUUCCGUCAGUUUUAUGUCGGGUUCUACGCAUUCCCCUAUUUUCGCAAGCAACACGCAUACCGAUUCGACUGUGGGGGGGACAAAGAGCUGCUGCAAAAGCUGUGCGAUUAUGCAGUACCAUUGAAUGAGAGUGCCAAGCGGAAAGUGGAUGAUGAGGAAAAGCGCCGACGACCGACUGGUAGUCGUGGAAGAACAGAAGCUGAACCUACUUUGAUGCCCAAGCCAGCCCUGGCAGAACCCUGUCGCGUCACACCAAAGAUUUCCUUUGCAGUAUUUUCGAAACUUUUGUACCUCGAAGAUGCAGUUAGCAAAAUGCUGCUGCAUCCAAACUUCGCUGCACUGACGGAAGAUGAGUGCCAACGGCUGUACUACGAGGCCUUCUAUAGCACGCCCAGUAUACGCGACAAGUAUCCGUGUAGAAUAAAGCCCUGCCCGGCCGGCUUGAGGGCCAACCUACUGCAUAUCCCCCCAAGCCGGAUAACCUGUCUGAUCACAGACACCCUCAGAGAAACUUAUCUGGCCAGCGCCAGAGCACUCCAGAUGUGGAAAGAUUGUAUGCGGAUAGGAAAGCCGAGCUUGAUGGCAAGCAAAAUCUGAGCUCCUACAUAGCUCGUCGUGUUGCAUGUCCCGAGAGAAGAGCUGUCGUUGAGAAGUAUAUAGUCGAAACGGUAAGGGAUUUGAAUGA